GACGGCAGCCUUUCCAUUCCCACUUCCACCGCGGUCGGGUCAGUCUGAGCGAGUGAGAUCAUCAUCCGAGCGAAGCGUUGUCGUGCCGAGCCAGCCCGCCUCGCCGUCCUCGCGAAAAGUCCCUCUCCCACUCGGCUCCUCCUCCCCCCACACCCGCCUCCGCUAACCCUAGCCGGCACCGGCCGCCGCCCCGGCGUCGAAGGAAGGAGGUCAGCGCGGCGCAGAUCCCGCCGCCGCCCCCGCCCCCCGCCGUGGCGCGGGGAGGACGACGGAUGACAUCAGCAUUUCCUCAUGUGGCCACAGAAACAUUUAUGCUUCUGUUUUGCUGUGCAAUUGCCAAUUGGACAGGUCUUUGUGAAUUGAAGUAACAUCAUUAUGUCUUCUGGCGGGAGCUCGCGUUCUAGAACUAGAAGUGGCCUUGUCAGGGGAAACAAUAUCAGGGAUCCCAGCGACAAUUCAUCUGCUAGAACAAGAAGUCAGAUUGCCAGGGGAAACAGCAACAUGGAUCCCAACGAGCUAUCAUGUUCUAAAACACGAAGUGGGCUUGUUAGGGUAAACAAUAUUGUGGAUUCCAGUGAGGGUUCAUCUUCUAAAGCACAAAGUGGGCUUGUUAAGGUAAACAACACCGUGGAUUGCAAUAAUGGCCCUUCUUCUAGAACACGACGUGGGCUUGUUAGGGCAAACAAUAUCGCGGAUUCCAGCAAGGGUUCGUACUCUACAACACAAAGUGGGCUUGUUGGAGCAAACAUUGCUAUGGAUUCCAAUGAUAGUUCAGGUUCUAAAGCACAAAGUGAACUUGUUAGAGGAAACAUUGAUGUGGAUUCCAAUGAUGGUUCAUGUUCUAAAACGCGAAGUGGGCUUGUUAGGGGAAACAUUGUUAUGGAUUUCAAUGAAGAUUCAUCUUCUAAAACACGAAGUGGGCUUCUUAGAGGAAACUCUGCUAUGGAUACCCCCAAGGAUCCAUGUUUUAGAACACGAAGUGGGCGUGUUAGAAGACGCCCCGCUGAUAAGGUAGAAAGCAAUGAUGAACCAGUCAUUAAGGGGUCACCUGAUGAAUGUGAAGCAGACAGUCCAGGGAAAAAUAGAUCAAAUUGCAAGAGUGAUCUGGUGCAACUCAAGGAUAGCCCAGACAUUAAGGGGCCAGAUGGAAGUUGCAAAGAAGACAUACCAGUAAAGGAUCGAUUGAAUUACAAGAGUGAUCAGGUUCAGGGCAAGGAUGAACCAGUCAUGAAGGGGCCUGAUGGAUGGUGGAAAGAAGAAAGCUCCAGCAAGACUGGAUUAAGGCACACGACUGAUCUGGUCCAAAUCAAGGAUGGUCUACUCAGUAAGGGGCAGUUGCCUGAUGGAUGGCGAAAAGAAGUCAGGCCAAGAAAGGACGGAACUAAGAGUGAUCCAGUCCAAAUCAAGGAUGGGCUACUCAGUAAGGGGCAGUUGCCUGAUGGAUGGCGGAAAGAAGUCAGGCCAAGAAAGGACGGAACUAAGAGUGAUCCAUACUACACUGACCCAGUCAGUGGUUAUGAAUUUCGCUCUCUGAAGGACGUGCAACGUUAUAUUGAAUCAGGAGACAUAAGUAAAUGCAAUGUUAGGCCAAAGAAGAGAACUGCCCAGGAUGCUUGUAUUACACAGAAUCAAGAUUAUACAGGAACAUCAUCAGAAUACGCAAGACCAGGUACUGCUGAUAAGGCUAUUCAAUGUGAAUUACUAACUGAAGAAGGGAUCAGGCUACCGUGGGAAGAAAUGCUCAAGACAUAUACUCAAAAUACAAUGUUACCAGUGUCUGAAGUCAUGAAACUGAUGCAAAAAUAUGCGGACAAGGUUGAUCCCUCAGAACACAAGAGCGUGCAACCGGUCUCUCGACAGCGUGCUUCAAGGGGAAAGAGAUCUGUUCAAAGAAAAGAACCAAAUGCAGAGGUGAAAACCAAGAAGCGUAAAACCAUGUCUAAAGAAAAGGUCGCCACACCUCUCACUCCCAGAGUGUCACCCCGCUUAGUUGCACGGAAGGUUAAUCCUGAAGUUAACACUGAGCCUCAAGAUGAGCCGACCAUUGUAAAUCAUGCCAAUCAGGUAAAGCCUAUUCAAGAAAAAACUGUGGAUGUACGAAAAGUUAAUCCUGAAGGAAACACUGAGCCUGAAGAUGGACCUACCAGGGUAAAUCUUGUCAAUCAGGUACAGCUUGUUCAACAAAAAACUGCGGAUGUGAGCCAGGCAGACACUGUCAUUCAAAUGCAAACCAAGCAUGGGAACACUGCCAGUCAGUUACAGUCAAGGCAAACAGAUGCUGCCGUUCCAGUGCAGAUCAAUGAGGGCACUGUCAAUCGGUCACAGCUGUGCCAACCAGACCCUGUCACCCAAAUCCAAGCUGAUACUGUCGUUCCAGUGCAGACCAAUCAUGUGGGCGCUGUCAGUCAGUUAUGGUUGAGCCAGGCAGCCACUGCCAAUCGAAUACAGACCAAUCAGGAGAGUACUGCCAGUCGGUUACAGUCGAACCAAGCAGAGAAUGCCAAUCACAUACAUGGUAUGCAGAAAUACACUACCAACUACUCACAGCUGAGAAAAGCAGACACUACGCAUCAGAAACAGACUAAUCAGAAAAAUACUGCCAGUCAGUUACGUUCGAGCCAAGAAAAGUCACCCUUUCAAAAGCAGACUGGACAGAAAUACGUUGCCAAUUACUCACAGUUACCACAAAGCCAUGGAAGCACUGUGAAUCACAGACAAACUAAUCAGCAACACACUGCCAAUCAGAAUCAGUUACAGUCAAGCCAGGCAGACACAGCCAACGUUUUACGAGCUACAAAGGAAUUCUUUGUGAAUCACUCACUGCUGAGGCAAGCAGGCGCUGUGAACCACAUGCAGGGUAACCAGGAGAACACCGCCAUUCGAUUACAAUUAGGUCAAGCCGACGCUGUGAAGCAAAUGCAAACCAUACAGGGAAAUAGCACUGAUCGGUCACAGCUGGUUCAAGGUUUACCUGUUAAUCAAACACAAACUAUUCAGGAAUACUUCACUAAGCACUCCCAGCCAAGCCCAGUAAAUACUGUGAAUCAAAUGCAGAUUAGCCAGGAAAACACCGCCAAUCAACUACGCUUCAGUCAAGCUAACUCUGUCAGCAAGGCACAAACUAUGCAGGAAAAUACCACCAGUCGGUCACAGCUGAUCCAGGGUUUAACUGUCAACCAAAUACAAGCUAUUCGGGAAAACAAUACCAGAUACUUGCAGCCACGUUAUACUGAAAAUCCUAUCCAACAGUCUGGUUUCUCUCCGGCUCCUGAGUGGGGACAUGGAGCACCUGCCACGGGCUUCUGGAAUAAUAAUGCUGAACAUCAGAAGUCGUCGGUUCCGAUGCAAAUAGACGCAGCACCCAUUGCAACCUCCUCGGCAAAUGUUGAGCCGCAGUAUGCGCCUACCCCAGAACCUGUUUUGCCAACACAGACUGCAGAGCCUGGAGGUGCUGACCCAUCUGGGUUCGCGCUGCCAUCAUUUGGGAAUUCCUGGUCAGACCCAUGCAUCGAGUUCGCGUUCAAGACCCUCACAGGCGACAUCCCUGUUCUGGAUCCAACUGUCGCGGACUACUUUCCUCUGCAGCAAGACUUGAAUAAAGUCGCACCACCAGAUUACUCCGCUCCCUCCGUUGACGAUACUAGAAACCAUACACAACAUGUCAACCAAAGCAGCCACCACUCAGCCCCAAGGCCAUCAAAUGGGUUCUACAAUGGUGGCUGGUUCCCUCCCCAGUGACGCCCUUGGAAGGCUGAAUGGACGAACCGCUUGUACUUGCAAAAGGCUGAUGUUCUGCUUGUUAUUGCAAAAAGGCUGUGAUGUUCAGAGAGGAAUGCCCAAGCGACCGAGCUCGAAGCAGUAGUCUUGCUAGCGCUCUUGCGUUUUUGUGAUCCUUCUGCGAUAUAUUUUGUGAAAGGGCUGUAGAUUUUUCCAACUUUGUUAGACAUUGUGUACAUCCCACCGGAUGCCUCUUGUCAUAGGAUCAGAUUGGCUUCAUAGACGCCAUGCUGUUGUAGAUGAUCUAGUUUUUGUUUUCUGUUUUGUUUUGCUUUUUUUCUGUGUAGUUGCCCGGUAAAUCUCAUUUGAUGUAUCAUCAGGGCCAACUUGCUAACACACCGCUGCAAGCACCAUAGUUUGACCAUCUUUGCAAGUGUUUAUGGUAUGCGGAUAAUAAAUGGCGGUUUUUUCUGCAA